AUGAAGAAGCAUCAUCAUCAUCACUCCGUGCAGGGCACCUUCAGCCGCCUCUUCGGGAAGCGCCAAGCCAGCCCCGCCGCCGCUUCCCUCUUCGCCACCAACCCGCCCUGGAUCCUCACGCAGGAGGUGACCUCGGACAGCGCGGGUGGCACCCGUGAUGUGAUUGAAGUGUAUUAUGGUGACAAUCGCUUCGGGACAAUGACCGACUCUGGCACAGCAACGCUUAAACCUCGUCCGAGAGUCCGGCCGCUGCUGACUUUCUUACCCCUUAAUGCCCAAGAAUCCCAUGGGGUGGCUGUGCCAACGCCGUCGGUGCCAGAAAACUUUGAGGAAAAAGCAGCUCUUGGGUCUGGCUCCCAGAUCAAUGGGAACUACCGAAUGUACAGCUCAGUGGGGGACCUGCGCCCACAGGCUCUCGAGGGGGAUGACCUGGACGAAGACAUCCCGCCGCCACCGUCGGUACCCCCACCGCCCCCUCCAAUAGCACCAGCGCCUGCGCCACCACCUCCAGCCUCGCCGGCCCCUCCACCGCCCGAAACGCUGCCUCCGCCACCGCCCCCACCUGAGACGGUGCCGCCGCCUCCUGCCAUGGCACCUCCGCCACCUCCAGCCUCUGCCCUGUCCUCCCCCAGCACGCCGGCUCCUCCAGACUUCAUCCCGCCAGCCCCACCGGGCGCCCCGCCGCUCAGCCAGGCCCUGGCACCCUUCGCCACCGGCAUGUCCAAGUGGAAGUCCGAGACGGUGCUGAACACCAGGCAGGUGGAUGCUGAGGGGCCGCUCUGCCCUGCUGAGGCUGGGGUGCCCACUGCCCCCAGCCCAAAGGAGAGCCUGCAGCCCAAGCACUGUCCCGAGCCCCACCUCACCUUCCCCAGGUCCUUCAAGGUGCCCCCCCCGGCCCCAGCCCGGUCCUCCUCCAUCCCUGUGCAGGAGAGCCAGCCCAUCCAGCGGGAGCCCUUCCCCAGGCAGCCUCAUUCCCGGCCUCCCCUCCCGCCUUGCUUCACCAUAAGACCCGCAGCCAAGGCUCACGCAGGAGGAGAAGCUGACCAAAGAAAUUCCCCGCUGAGACAGGGCGUCGCGAAACCGGCUGUGCCGACACCCCCGCCGCUGAGCCCCAAGCCGGGUCUAGGGCUCAGCCAAGGGAUGAAUCCUGCCGGCUGCCGGUCCCCGCUGCCAAGCUCCGAGAUGGAGAAGGUUCCCCAGCUGAAAACGGGCGAGAGAGACUCUCCUCCAAGAUCCGAAUCUCUCUCUGCGAACGACCUGGACCUCCCGCCUCCGGACUACCCGACCUGUGAGGACGACUGGAGGGACGCCGGCAACCUGAGCAGGCUGCGGCAUGAGCUCUCGGCCCUCCUGCGCUCCCCGCGGAGGGAGGAACGGCCAUCGGAGAAGCCUUCUGGUCCCCGGCCAGUGGACGGCAGUACUGACCGCACCGGCAGCUGUGAGCCCAGCCUCGGCGGGCCCCAACCUGCCGGACCUGCUGGGAAGGACGUGCGGUUACCCGCGGGAGGGGAGAAUGAGAAGAAAGAGGUGCCCAGCAGCCCCCCCAGUGCCAAGGGGGGCUCUCCCAGCACGGUGCUCCCUGCUCCGGAGAGCAACCCCACCGCGCGGACCUGCAGCGUGAUGAAAAUCAGGAACGAGCUGGAGGCUGUGCUGUCCCUGAAGAAAGAAGGGAAGCCUGCCCUGGGGCUCAGCAGCCAGAAGCAGGGCACCGAGGAUGGCAGCAGCACCCCGCGUCUGAGGAAGAGCCCCCCUGACCCGAGGAAAAGCCCCCCUGACCCAGCUGACUCGGUGUUGCCGAAACCGGCCCCAAGCCCGGUCCUAGCACCAGCGGCUGCAGUGGAGAAGGAUGAGAUGGGGCACGAGGACCAUCCCACUCCGGCCACGAGCAAGGCCGCAGAGAACUUGUCCCCUGCUCCCAGGUCUCUCAACAGCAGCGCGAGCCCCCCAGACCCACCUCGGGGACCAGCGGAGGAGCCCCCUGCUCCCGCCUCUCCCUCGCCCCCCGUUUCUCCCGCACAGAGCCCAGCGCCGCAGCCCGGCGCGGCCAUCUUCCAGUACAAAGUGCACCGGGCUGGGGCCGGCCCAAGCUCGGCCGACCCACCCUGCCCCACGAGCUCGGCCAGCGGCCCGCCGGGCGCCUCGGGAGCGGGACGAGAGGAGGUGCUGAUCCACCCUGUGACGGGCGAGCGGGUGGAGCGGGGCUCCCCCAUGGCGCUGCUCCUGGCAGCCCGGCAGCGUGCCCAGCGGGGCCGGCAGGCUGGUGAGGCGGGAGCCACGCCGCGGGCCAAGCCGGCCCUGAAACUCGGCAGCGCCUCGUCGGACACCGCCUCCGCCGGCUUCUACCGCCACGAGUCCAAGCCCUACUCCUUCACCGUGGUGCCCCGGCCACCCGUGGCCGGUGCAGCGGGGUCGGGACGGAGCAAACCUCCGUCCUUCUCCAGCUCCUCGGAGCAGGGCCGGGACGCGCGGGCGGCGGGCGAGGCGCAGCCCUCGAGCCCCCUCCCCGGGCACCGGCGGGCUGCUGCCUCCAGCCUGCUGCGGGGCCUCCUCGAGGCCGGGCAGCCGAACCAGGCCGGCGUGCCCAGGGAGGAGGAGAACGGGGAGACGGCGCUGGACUACGGGAUUAUCCCCCCGCCCCCUGAAUUCAGCAACGAGGUGGACGAGACCGAGGGGUCCCUCCCGAGUCGGGAGGAGAACCGCAAGUGCCCCAGCUUCCCCGACUGCAGCCGGGGCUCGGAUGCACCGCGGUAUUUCAGGUGGCCCGGCUACGGCCGCGGCUACGGGGGCAGCCGUGAGCCGCCAGCCCCGCUGCCCUCGGAGAAGAGCAGGAGGAGCGUCGACUUCACGCCCCAGUACCCAGAUUUUGGCGGCUCUGCCGGUUACUUCAGCCACUGCCCGAACCCCCGCCCGCUGAUCAAGAAGCGCCUGUACGUCUCUGAGCCCGACAGCUCCUACCCCCGGGCGGCUGCAGCCCCCCGGGGCACGGGUGCCCUCUCCUCCUACGGCCCCGGGGGAUACAGCUCCCCGGCUGGGGAGGGGGUCCGCCGCCUCAGCUCUGCCCACAGGAACGGCCCCGCGAGCGCGCAGGGCAGGCGGACCUCCAUUGAUGCUGCCGGGAAAGCCGCGCCGUACGGCAACGCCGGGGCCGAUGCCAAGUACAAGGGGCAGAACGGGGAUUUCUCGCCCGCUGGUGCGGUGGCAGCCGGCAGACCUGCCCACGGCAGCUCGCAGUACAGCGGACAUACCAACACCUUCACGGUCAGGCCCGGCGCGCGGCAGCCCAUCUCCUACACCUACCAGAGCGGCCACCGAUAG